AUGGAUUUCUGUACACAGAUGAGUGGACUUCACCUUCUCAACAAGAUCAAGCAGGAGAUCGAGAAGGGCUUUGAUAAGGGUUUCAAGGAGAAUCUGGUGGUAUCUCCCCUGUCGUUCAGUGCCAUUCUAAACAUGAUUGCUGCAGGAUCAACUGGCCUAACCUUUAGCCAGAUGACCAAGUUUCUAGGUUGCAAAAGUUACGACGAUAUCAAUUCAAAAUUUUUGGAAUUGAUGAGUAUUGCAUCACCAACAGAUGACGCGAAACACAGCAACGGAGGUCCCGUUAUAUGUCUCGUGAAUGGACUUUGGGUGGAUAAACAGUAUCCUCUCAAGGCUUCCUACCAGGAACUUGUUGAAAGCGUCUAUAAAGUUCAAGCCAAAACAGUGGAUUUAAGGAAUGAGGUCGACAGAGUUGUUGAAGAAGCUAAUGAAUGGGCUAAGUCAGCAACAAAAGGGCUCGUGACAGACGUUCUCCAGCCUUGCAAUGUCACUCCAGAUACCAAACUCAUUCUGGGAAAUGCGCUGUACUUCAAAGGUUGUUGGGAGGAGAAAUUUAAUGCAAAGUCUACCAAGAACUUAGACUUUUACCUUUUAAAUGGAGAUAAAAUUUCAGCACCCUUCAUGACUGGUUGCAAUACAUAUACUCAGGGAUCAUACGAUGGCUUUGAGGUUGUUAAAAUCCCAUAUCAAAGAGGAAAGCAGGAUAGAAAAGCAUUCUCCUUCUUCAUUUUUCUUCCCAACGAGAUAGACGGUUUGCAAAAACUACUGGAAACGGCUACUUCUGAUCCUGGAUUUUUUAGCCAACAUUUUCAGCUCAUCCACAGGACAUAUGACAUCUUCAGGAUUCCAAAGUUCAAAUUUGCAUACCGCACUGCUGAAGGGCCACAAACCAUGAAAGAUAUGGGACUUUGUUUACCAUUCAUGGAGGAUUGCAGAGAGCUUACCGGGUUGGUAGACACCAAGAAUGAACCGUUCUUCGUCUCUGAAAUAGUUCAGAAAGCUUUUAUAGAGGUAGAUGAGGUUGGCACAGAGGCUGCAGCCGUCAGCAUUUUUGAUAUGGCAUGCGGUUGUUCAAGAUAUUAUGAACCCACAAGAUUUGUGGCUGACCAUCCUUUCAUGUUCAUGAUAAGGGAAGAGGAGUCUAGGUCAGUGCUGUUCACUGGAGCUGUACUGAAUCCUUUACUGAAGUGA